CACUCUAUCAAAACUAAACUUACUGCUGCAAGCCUGAAGAUGCGUACAUUUGUGGUUUUGUGCUUCGUUGCCGUCGCUUCGGCUCAAUACAGCUACCCCCAACAGGGUGCCGUCGAUUUGUCCGGCCCCAGCGGUGCCGCUCAACUCUCCCAACCCAUUCAGCCCGUGAAUGAGUACAACAAGGAGUUCUACAGCUACUCUGCACCUGAACAUGAAUUCGACGAUGCCGGUGAUGCUGGCCAAUUAGCCAACUCGCUGAAGAAGAACUUGCGUGUUGUCUUCAUUAAGGGACCUGAAAACACUGGACUCGAAAAUGCCGCCCUCCAAUUGGCCAAAUCUGCUGGUGAUGAACGUACUGCCAUCUAUGUGCUCAGCAAACAAGCUGAUAUCGGUGACUUGGCCAACAGAUUGAACUCACUGCCAAGCAACACCAACAAACCCGAGGUACACUUCGUCAAAUACAGGACUCCAUCUGAUGCUGAGAACGCUCAACGUGCCAUCCAGUCGCAAUACGACUCUUUGCCCGGUCCAUCCACCAGCAACAAUGGCGGUGCUGCACCAGUCUUGAACUUCGCCUCCCAAGCACCAGUUGCUCCAGCAGCCCCAGCGGCACCAUCCAACUCGUACAUUCCACCACAAGCGUCGUAUUUGCCACCCGGCAGAAGAAUCUAAGCUUUGAUUUGUUGAAUUGAUUGUUGAUUAAUUUUAAUGAAUUAUUUUCCUCUUUAGUUAAAUUUUUAGAAAUUUAAGACAAUACACCACAUAACAGCACUAGUAAAACACAGUUACCUGUAAACGUUUGAAGAAAAAAUAUAGAAACUGAUUUAACGAAAGUUUA